AUGAUGAAGACUUCCGAAGUACGCUGGUUGUCGAAAGUUGCGUGUUUAACAAGGUUUUACUUAUUUUUUGAAUCAGUUUUAGAGUUUUUGGAAAGUAAAGAUCCAGAUUUAAAAGAAAACUUGAUCAAAUGGAAAGCAGACAUUGCGUAUUUGACAGAUUUGUUCAAAAAAUUUAAUGAGAUUAACUUGCAGUUACAAGGGGAUAGCCUAAAUUUAAACUGUUAUUUCAGCUUUUUUUGGAAAAUUGAAAUUUAUGAAGCAAAAUAUUAUUCGGCGCGAAUUCUCAGUUUCCAUACUUGUCACAUAGCAUGUCUUGAUGAAGAUAUUAAGACAUACGUUCAACAUUUAAAUGCGCUGCAUAAUGACUUCAAAAAUAGAUUUGAAGAAAUUUCGAUGAUGAAAAUAACACCAUGGAUCAUAAAUCCAUUUAAUGAAACGGAAGUGGCGGAUGUGGUAUUACAAGAGGAACUACUCGAGCUCAGCACCAAUGAAGAGCUGAAGGUGCAACUUAAAAAAGGCUAUCAAAGAUUUUGGCUGCAGGCAGAAAUACCCGAAAAAUAUCCAGAGCUGUGGGAAAUCGCGAGAAAACUUUUGAUAGCGUUUCCCUCGUCAUACCUUCUCGAAAAAAGUUUUAGUGUCGUUACAAACCUAUUAACAAAAAAGGAGCAGAUUAAACAUCACAGAACGGGGAGAUUUGCGGUUAAUCCUUACAAAACUGAAGCCAAAUAUUGA